AUUCUCGUGCAUGUUCAAAUUGCUUUUGACUUUGAUGAGAGCAAGAGUAGAUACAACCAUUCUAUACACGUCAUCAUGGCUUUUCAAAUAUGCUGUACAUGUAAAGUGUAUGUGCAUGUACAACACUAUUAUUUCAAAUCACUUCUGGAUUUGACACUGACACUUAAGGUACAGAAAGUGUGACUGACUCCUUGUGGUUUCUAGGAGUGACCGAGUUUUCAUUGUUAAAAGAUCUGCCUCUUGAAAAAUUUUAAUUCUAUGCUUUUAAAGAGCACCAUUGGUGCAGCAGACUUGGUGUGCUUGUAAAUAAGGGAUGCUUUGAUGGUGACACAGAUACCGGAGAGUCUGGGCAAACUACAUGUAGCAAGGACAUACUUGCCUAAUACACCACACCAACUAAAUUUGACAAAAUGAAGAAUGUGACCAACAUGACAAGCACUGUGAAUGCCACCUCCAUCAACCCAGCUGAGCUGACCUUCAGCAAUAGUGAGCGGGUGGGCAUUGGAGUUGUGUUUUUGAUAACGUCCAUUCUGGCCAUCAUUGGGAAUGUGAUGGUCAUUGUGGCUGUGAUCCGUUCCAAAAGCCUCCAGACCACCACCAAUGCCUUUGUGGUCUGCCUGAGCGUGGCCAACCUGAUGACCGGUCUGUCAUUGCCGUGGAGUGUGGUGGGCCUUCUGAGCUUGGAGGGCUGGCCAUUGGCCAGCGAGGUGCCCUGCCAACUCGCUGGGCUCGUCCUGCUCACCAGCAUUGGGGCCAGUUUAUACAGCCUUGCUGGAAUUGCCCUCAACCGUGUGCUCAUCAUUGUGGCCUCGCCCAGUACAUACCAAUGGUGGCAUAUGCCAACCAAGAUCGCUGGCAUGAUAUCAGUGGCCUGGCUUCUCCCAUUCCUCAUUGUACUGGUCCCGCCUCUUUGCAAUGUUGGUAAGCUUGGCUAUGACAAAAACACCCACAUCUGCACUGAUGUGUCUCAACAUCCUCGGCAACAAGAUCACCGCCUUGCAAUCGCUAUGGUCUUCUACCUUGUUCCAAUGACUACUGUCAUCACAUCUUACUCACUCAUCUUCCAAACCAUACGACGAAACUUCAGACAUCAGACGGAGCAGUGCACAGCCACCCCAAUGCAACCCUCUGAUUUUGACUGGGGUGUUGGACAUGAGUCCCGAAAGGCACGUCUCAAGCAGCAUCAGCACAGCACCACCGUCAAUCUCUUUGUUAAUGUUUGCGUCUUCCUCCUUCUCAACCUACCCUAUGGGAUUGCACUGAUCAUCCCAGACAACAAGAGAAUAGCUGUCUUCUCUGGCAUGGUCUUCUUAAUGCACUCCUUUGUUCAUCCACUCCUCUAUGGCUUUAAGCACCCACAAUUCCAUCAUGCAUUCCGAGAGAUGCUGCACCUCACUGAGGACCUGCAGCCUUCCACUGGCUCUGGCUACACCCGAAAUGAAUUGCGACAGAACGCCAGAUCUGACAAGAUUAUCAAAGGACUAGAAAACUCAAAAUUUUGAGCUUAGUGAUACCAUAGAGCUCUAUGAUGACACGAAUAAGUGACUUUAUACUGUCUGGCUGCACCCAUUUGAGUGAUCCCAUGCAACACAUGACUUCCUCUCCAACAAAGCCUCCCUCCCUCUAGUCUAAAAAGUUGUCUGAAGUCUGAAGAAGCCCGUAGAGAGGAGACAAGGAGAAGCAGAUACAGUUUUAGAAGAGGGAGGAAAACCCCAGAAGAAUAUUCUGGAUAAAACCCACAAAAUUAGGUACAGUGUGAAAACCCAAUCCACAUGUUGACCGGGCCGGGAUUCAAACCUGGACCAAAGAGGUGGAAGGCGAGGAAAGAACCACUACACCAACCUGACUUCCCUGACUGACAGGAAAGCAGGAAAGACAGGCUGUGGAGGGAGCAGCACAUGCUACAAUUGCUGUGUAUAAUUGGAGGAGGAGACCACUGAAAAACUACAUGUAUGCCUGUCUGAUGAUGAUAAUGACGAUGACAUAUACAGGUGCUAGUACAUUUACGUGUACGUCUACUAUCAAGGGUGUAGCAGGGAGGAUGACAUCAUCCGAGUUUCCUAAAACCUGCAAACUAUGGAACAUUUAAAACUGUGGAGAAGGGGUCUAAACAUUCUUUAAUGCAAGGGGACACAUUU